AUGGCACCUCCGAAGCUCAGUUACGGACUUAAUUUGUCCAAGGCGAACCCUAAGAAACCCUCACCUUCAAUCCUUGCAGGUCAGAAACGAAAGAGCUUGUGGGAUGACCCGGACUCUGAAGACGAAGGCCAGAAAGGAGAAUCAAACGGAAUUGAGAUUACAACGCUAGGCGGCCUAUCUCCUUUCCCGGAGGAAUCUAAAUCUCCAAAACCAACAAGCGAAGCUCCGUCAAAAAAGAAAACAGUACUGUCAAAGUGUGCUGAUGCGCCGCCCAAGCGUGAAUACACAAACCUCGCAGCUCUACACAGCAGCAAGAAGCAUGCAAAUGAAGCUGAAUCGCUUGACCCGUCAAUAUAUGACUACGAUGCAGUAUACGACCCUCUACAUGCGAAAACUAAGUCUAAAGCCUCCAACUCGAAUAACGAUCCCUCAGCGCAAGGGCCAAAAUACAUGACGGCUCUUCUCCGGAGUGCAGACACACGAAAACGAGACCAGCUACGAGCGAGGGAUAAGUUGCUUGCUCGCGAACGGGAAGCUGAGGGCGACGAGUUUGCUGAUAAAGAGAAAUUUGUGACUGCAGCGUACAAGGCACAGCAGGAGGAGGUGAGGAGGAUAGAAGCAGAAGACGCCGAAAAAGAAAAGGAAGAAGCGGAGAAGAGGAAAAAGGGGAUGGGAAUGGUGGGAUUCUAUCGGGAUGUGCUUAAGCGGGAUGAGCAGAGGCACGAAGAAGCUGUUAAAUCAGCGGAGGAAGCGGCGAGGAACAAUGCCGCAGCGGAGAAGGGAGAGGGCGAGGAUGAAGAGGUAAAAGAGAAGACUGCAACGCAGAUAGCAGAGGAACUCAAUGCCAGAGGCGCGAAUAUUGCUGUGAAUGAUGAAGGUGAAGUUGUUGAUAAACGACAGCUGCUUUCUGCAGGGCUGAAUGUUGUAUCGAAACCUAAACCGGCGGCUGCAGCAGCUGGUGCCUCCAAGGUUAGUACAGGAGCAAGAAGUGCUGGCACUGGGUUUGAUCGGGGUGGUAUUCGUGCUGCGCGCGAGAUGCAACGGGCCCGACAGACGGAGAUGCUCGCAGAGCAGCUUGAGGAGAAACUACGGAAGGAGAAGGAGGAGGAAGAAGCUCGACUACGAGAGUUGGCGGAGAAGACUAAGAGUCAGAAAUCGAAGGAGGAUGUCAUGAGUGCGAAGGAGAGAUAUCUUGCUCGAAAGAGGGAGAGAGAGAAGGAAAAGGAUAAACAGAAGGAAAACAGCUCUUGA